AUGGACGAUCACUAUGGCUACACGAUGCCCUCGCAACGACACACGCAGAACACCAUCUCUUCGUAUCCAUCUUCACCCCCGAAUGAGCCUCCACCUUACAGCAUGACCUCAUCCCACUCGUCGGUCGACUCUGUGCACGGGGGCUCUGGGCGGCUGGUUACAAUACACCUCGAGAAGACGGAAUCAAUCAUCUGGCCAUCGCUCAUUGUUGGUCCAGUGCCUGUGGCUCUCUCACGUCCUGGAGACGGCUUCGAGGAGCCCAUCUACCCAUGGGCAUCGUCCGCGAUUAUCGAGGCAGACUACAAUAUGGACCCGACAAGUCUGGUGCUCAUAGGGCUGGACCUCUGUGAUAUACGGGAAGCCUAUACUGAUGCAUUCGAGUACUUCGUACGCGCAUGGCACCAGGCUUCUGUGCCGUCCGCGACCAUACGUCUCGUUACGCAUUAUCUACCAUUGCAUACAUCACUACCAUCCGACUACCUCACAUCUACUGUGCCCUCAGAAGCCGAGGGCGCAAAGGAUGAGCCUUCAACACCGACACCAACUGCUUCGACAUGGCUGGGGGACCCAUCACAUGGUACAACACAGUAUUACCUGAGCCGCAUUGGACACGACGUGGACCUUGCGCAGCUCUACCGCUGUGCGGGAAUGCUUCACCACGAGGGCAGGGCGACCGCGCUCUUGUCCUCCGCCUAUACAGGUCUGUCGUCCCUGCGCUCCCCUGUGGUUGUGAGCGGCAACACCGGCCACGGAUAUGGGUCGAACCUGGGCAGCCACGCUCACAGCUCUGAGGAGUGGAAGCGCAACCAGGACUGCGCGUGGCAGUACCUCGAGCGCGCGCGGAUGCUGAAUCCUGCGAUCGAAAACCCACUCAGUCUGCGGGACAGCGAGUCCGAGCCCAGUUCGGGUGCGGAGAGCGGGGACGCAAAGGGCUCCAGAUCUGGUGCAGAGCCGUGCCGCAAGGAGCAGCAGCAGACCCACUUCAAGAUGCCGACGAUCGAGGUCACCAAGGACCCGCCUGCAAAUCAGCCGCGCAGGCGGCGCAAGAAGACGUCGGGUGAUCUGUCGAGCUCCUUCAUGGAGAACUGUCGUGAAACCCCAGACGUGGAUGACGACCGGACUUGGUACCUGUAUAUUCCAGGGCUGGUAGGUGCGGGAACUGCCUUGUUGGUGGUGGGCUUCCUCUCCUUCUCAUCGUGGAGGAAGAGCCAGGGAGGUUCAUAG